AAAAGUGGUGACCAUCGCCAAGUCGAAGAAGUUUCGGGAUCAUCACGGGAAGGUUCUGCUGGAAGGUCACAGGCUGAUCAAGGACGCCCUGGAAGCAGGAGCUGUGCUGCAGACUCUCUUCUUCAGCACGGUGGGGCACCUGCAGGAGCUGCCCCAGGCACAGCUAAAACGAGCCAACUUAGUUAAGGUGAAAUUUGAAGACAUUAAGAGCUGGUCUGACCUCGUAACUCCUCAGGGGCUUCUAGGGAUCUUUUCCAAGCCCGACCAUGCCAAGAUGUCUUACCCUGCCGCUCAGCUGACCUGCUCCUUGCCACUGUUCCUCAUCUGCGACAACAUCCGGGAUCCGGGAAACCUGGGGACUAUUCUGAGAUCUGCGGCAGGAGCAGGCUGUGAGAAAGUGCUGCUCACCAAAGGCUGUGUGGAUCCGUGGGAGCCAAAGGUGCUCCGUGCAGGCAUGGGUGCUCAUUUCCGUGUGCCCAUCGUCUCCAACCUGGACUGGGAAUCUCUUCCCAGCAAUAUUCCUGCCGGUGUCCAGGUCUGCGUGGCCGACAACAAAGACCCAGGCACUGAGGCUGAGACUGCAUCCGUGCCGAGGGGAGCCGGCGGGGCUGGCUCUGCUCCUGAUGCUCCCUCUGAGCACCAGGACGAGGAGGGAGCGGCGGGCGUCUGCGUCCCAGAGCUGGCCGCGCAGCAUUACAGUGAGGACUGGACACGGGCUGCAGUGGCGGUGGUGAUCGGCGGAGAGACCCACGGUCUGAGCCCAGACGCCUAUCGCCUCGCAGCCAGUACGGGGGGGAAGAGACUGGUCAUUCCCGUGGUGCCAGGCGUGGACAGCCUCAACUCCGCUGUCGCUGCUGGCAUCGUGCUGUUUGAGGGGAAGAGGCAGCUGCUGCGGAGGCACAAGCAGGAAGACGAAAGGCAGAAAUUCCCUGUAGUGGGCUAA